GCAUCCCGGUAGCCACAGCUGUCUUUUCCGGCACCCGCGCCCCCUCCGCCAGUAGCGGACCCUCCGGCUCUCGGGGAUCACCCCCGAGCGGCUGCGUCCUCCGGUGGGCUUCAUAACCCACUGGCAGCUUCCUCUGCCCGCUGUCGACCAUGGCCAAUGAGAACUCUCCUCUGCUGGCCUACCGGCUCCUGGGGGAGGAGGGGGUUUCCUUCCCUGCCAAUGGGGCCGGGGGUCCUGGAGGGGCGUCUGCCCGGAAGCUGUCCACCUUCCUGGGUGUGGUGGUACCCACGGUCCUGUCCAUGUUCAGUAUAGUUGUCUUCUUGAGGAUUGGGUUCGUGGUGGGCCAUGCUGGGCUGCUGCAGGCUUUGGCCAUGCUCCUGGUUGCCUACUUCAUCCUGGCACUCACUGUCCUCUCCGUCUGUGCCAUCGCUACCAAUGGAGCUGUGCGAGGGGGCGGAGCCUACUUCAUGAUCAGUCGGACCCUGGGGCCUGAGGUCGGGGGCAGCAUCGGCCUCAUGUUCUACUUGGCUAACGUCUGUGGCUGUGCCGUCUCCCUGCUGGGGCUGGUGGAGGCCAUGCUUGAUGUCUUCGGGGCUGAUGCCACGGGGUCCAGCGGGCUCCGCAUCCUACCCCAGGGCUACGGCUGGAACCUGCUCUACGGCUCCUUGCUGCUGGGCCUGGUGGGCGGGGUCUGCACCCUGGGGGCCGGCCUCUAUGCGCGUGCCUCCUUCCUCACAUUCCUGUUGGUCUCCGGUUCCCUGGCCUCUGUGCUGGUCAGCUUUGUGGCUGUGAGGCCCAGGGACAUCCCCUUGACCCCUAGGCCUGGCCCCAACGGCUCCUCCCUGCCGCCCCAGGUUGGCCACUUCACCGGCUUCAACAGCAGCACCCUGAAGGCCAAUCUGGGCGCUGGCUACGCCAAGGACUACACCACGGGGGCCACGAUGACCUUUGCUAGCGUCUUUGCCGUCCUUUUUAACGGCUGCACAGGCAUCAUGGCCGGGGCCAACAUGUCAGGGGAGCUGAAAGAUCCCAGCCGGGCCAUUCCUCUGGGCACGAUUGUUGCUGUUGCCUAUACUUUCUUCAUCUACAUCCUGCUUUUCUUCCUCUCCAGCUUCACCUGUGACAGGAUCCUGCUGCAGGAGGACUACGGGUUCUUCCAAGCCAUCAGCCUGUGGUCCCCGCUGGUGCUGACCGGUAUCUACGCCACAUCGCUCUCAGCCUCCAUGAGCUCCCUCAUCGGCGCCUCCCGCAUCCUCCACGCCCUGGCCCAGGACAACCUCUUUGGAGUGAUCCUGGCGCCGGCUAAGGUUGUAUCCCAAGGGGGGAACCCCUGGGGAGCCGUGCUCUAUUCUUGGGGCCUAGUGCAGCUGGUGCUCCUGGCUGGGAAGCUGAACACGCUGGCCGCCGUGGUCACUGUCUUCUACCUGGUGGCCUAUGCUGCCGUGGACCUGUCCUGCCUGAGCCUCGAGUGGGCCUCGGCCCCCAACUUCCGCCCCACCUUCAGCCUCUUCUCCUGGCACACCUGCUUGCUGGGGGUGGCCUCCUGCCUGCUCAUGAUGUUCCUCAUCAGCCCCGGGGCCGCUGGCGGCUCCCUGCUUCUCAUGGGCCUGCUUUCUGCCCUGCUCACGGCUCGAGGAGGCCCCAGCAGCUGGGGUUACGUCAGCCAGGCCCUGCUUUUCCAUCAGGUGCGGAAGUACCUGCUCCGGCUGGACGUCCGGAAGGACCACGUGAAGUUCUGGCGGCCGCAGCUGCUGCUGCUGGUGGGGAACCCCCGGGGCGCGCUGCCUCUGCUGCGGUUGGCCAACCAGCUCAAGAAAGGGGGCCUCUAUGUGCUGGGCCAUGUCACCCUGGGAGACCUCGACUCCCUGCCCUCGGACCCCGUGCAGCCGCAGUACGGGGCGUGGCUGAGCCUGGUGGACCGGGCCCAAGUGAAGGCCUUCGUGGACCUCACCCUCUCGCCCUCCGUGCGCCAGGGGGCUCAGCACCUGCUGCGGAUCUCAGGUCUUGGUGGCAUGAAGCCCAACACGCUGGUCCUGGGUUUCUACGACGAUGCUGCACCCCAGGACCACUUCCUGACGGACCCAGCUUUCUCUGAGCCUGUGGAUGGCACCCAGGAGGGCGGGUCCCCGGCCCUGAGCACCCUGUUCCCUCCACCCCGGGCUCCGGGAAGCCCUCGGGCUCUCAGUCCCCAGGACUACGUGGCCACAGUGGCAGACGCCCUGAAGAUGAACAAGAAUGUGGUUCUGGCCCGGGCCUGUGGAGCCCUGCCCCCCGAGCGGCUAAGCCGGGGAUCUGGGGGCACCUCUCAGCUGCAUCACGUGGACGUGUGGCCCCUCAACUUGCUGCGGCCCCGGGGCGGGCCCGGCUACGUGGAUGUCUGCGGCCUCUUCCUGCUGCAGAUGGCAACCAUCUUGGGCAUGGUGCCUGCUUGGCACAGUGCCCGCCUGCGGAUCUUCUUGUGCCUGGGGCCUCGCGAGGCGCCAGGGGCAGCCGAGGGGCGGCUCCGGGCACUGCUGAGCCAGCUGAGGAUCCGGGCCCAGGUGCAGGAGGUGGUGUGGGGCGAGGGGGCUGCGUCGUCCCAGGAGCCUGAGGAGGAGGAGGAAGGGGACUUCGUGAACGGCAGGCGGGGAGACGCCGAGGCAGAGGCCCUGGCAUGCAGUGCCAACGCCCUGGUUCGGGCCCAGCAGGGGCGCGGCGGAGGAGGGGGGCCUGGUGGCCCUGAGGGUGGGGAUGGCGAGGAGGGGCCCGCCACCGCCCUGACCUUCCUGUACCUGCCUCGGCCACCUGCUGACCCUGCUCGCUAUCCUCGCUACCUGGCGCUGCUGGAAAUUCUGAGCCGCGAUCUGGGCCCCACGCUGCUCAUUCACGGCGUCACCCCUGUCACUUGCACUGAUCUCUGAUGCCCAUUCCAAGUAGAGUGUCCAGGUAAUUGUAAUCGGGUGGCCCACCUUGAUUACGGGGUGAGGAGGGGAAGGGCCGCCUUCCACCCGCCUGGCACAUGGGAGUCGGACCCUGGUGGAGGUAUUAGGGGAUCCUGGUCUCUGGCGUCUCUCGGUCUCUGGGAGAGGGGCCCCGGUGCACUAACGCAGGGCAGCUGUCUCCGCCACCACGGGGGAGGGCCCCCUCCCCCGCUGGCCUCCCUCCCUUCACCCGUGCCUUGACGGGGGCUGGGUCUCCGCUUGUGACUCUAGGCUACCUCAGUCUCCCCACCUCGCCCAGCAGACGCCCCGACCACUGGGGUUUUGAUGUUUUUGUUCUGUUUUAUUUUUCUAACUGCCGAACGUGAAUAAAAGAUCAAAACACUA